GACCCUUGCUCUUCGCUCGUGUUUCUCUCGCUAACUACCCCGUCUCGCCCCGCCUUGCAAGCUGGCUCGCAGCCUUCGUCUGUGACGAGUAAAUACGGGAUACUUACCCCAGCUCUGCUCAUGCCUUUAUGCUCGGAAUCAAGGCUAAAAUCGUGAGCGGUCGCCACCGCUUCUCUUCGGGUCUCUACAGCGGUAGCGGCACCAAUGUUUCCUCUCGCAUCAUCAGACGGUGCAUACGCAGCGGCACUACGCUGUUGAACAAGGCAAAUCACCGUUUCUACUCGUCCAAGGGUGGCAUACCACCACCAGAGUCGUUUGGGGGACCGGAUGUGCCGCUCCAUCAAAGGCUGGCAAACGCGUGGAAGCAAACACCUACAACCUGGUACCCUCUUCCCAUUGCAGUAGGAGCUCUCCUCCUCAUUGCUAUUCAAUAUCGCAAAAGGCUAGGCCAGAAGGAGGUUUAUGUUGACGAGGAGGGCCAUGAAGUCGUGAAGCUGAAGGGUCCGUGGACAGUGCACGUUAUGGGUGCACUUCCUCUGCGGACGUCUCUCGCGUUUGGGGAUACGUCACUCUCUCGAGCUCCCA